AUGGUCACAGCUGUCCUCGUGGGGCAUGUCCUGCUGCGUGAUUUCGCCGUGAUUCCCCGAGAGCUGGGGGAGGAGGCUUACCAAGCUCGCAACCGAGAACCCCAGCACAUCCCAGAGCGCCACAGCAUGCCCGGGCCAGUGCCCACACAGUGCGACGUGCCCCCCAACAGCCGCUUUGACUGCGCCCCCGAGGCGGCCAUCACCCAGGAGCAGUGCGAGGCCCGCGGCUGCUGCUAUAUCCCUGCGCGACCAGGCCCCCGGGGCCCUGCGAUGGGGCAGCCCUGGUGUUUCUUCCCCCCCAGCUACCCCAGCUACAGGCUGGAGAACCUCACUGCCACCGAGACGGGCUACACGGCCACCCUGACCCGCACCACCCCCACCUUCUUCCCCAAGGACAUCCUGACCCUGCGGCUGGAGGUGCUGGUGGAGACAGACAGCCGCCUCCACUUCACGAUCAAAGACCCUGCUAACAGGCGCUACGAGGUUCCCCUGGAGACCCCACGUGUGCGCGGCCGAGCCACAGCCCCGCUCUACAGUGUGGAGUUCUCUGAAGAGCCCUUUGGUGUGGUCGUGUACCGGAAGCUGGACGGCCGGGUGCUGCUGAACACGACGGUGGCGCCCCUGUUCUUCGCCGACCAGUUUCUGCAGCUGUCCACCACCCUGCCCUCCCCAUACCUGGUGGGCCUUGCCGAGCACCUCAGUCCCUUGACGCUCAAUGCCAGCUGGACCAAGGUCACCCUCUGGAAUCGGGACAUGGCCCCCCAGCUUCCGGGCUCCCUGUGGGAGUCCGCCCCGCCCCAGCUGUGGUCCAUCCUGGGGGCUGCGGGCCCUUGGGGGGGCCUGGUGCUGGUCCCCGGGCCCACAGCUGCUGUCCCCACAGACGUCGUCCUGCAGCCGAGCCCGGCCCUCAGCUGGAGAGCGACAGGUGGAGUCCUGGACGUGUACGUCUUCCUGGGGCCGGAGCCCAAGAGCGUGGUGCAGCAGUACCUGGCAGUCGUGGGGCACCCGGUGAUGCCGCCCUACUGGGCCCUGGGCUUCCACCUCUGCCGCUGGGGCUACUCUUCCACUGCCAUCACCCGCCAGGUGGUGGAGAACAUGACCAGGGCCCACUUCCCCCUGGACGUCCAGUGGAACGACCUGGACUACAUGGACGCCAGAAGGGACUUCACCUUCAACAAGGACAGCUUCGGGGACUUCCCGGCCAUGGUGCGGGAGCUACACCAGGGCGGCCGGCGCUACGUCAUGAUUGUUGUGAGUGCCCCCCACCUGGGAACCCUGCUCUUCAACCUGCUGGGCGUGCCCCUGGUCGGGGCGGACAUCUGCGGCUUCCUGGGCAACACCUCAGAGGAGCUGUGCGUGCGCUGGACCCAGCUGGGCGCCUUCUACCCGUUCAUGCGCAACCACAAUGACCUGAACAGCCUGCCCCAGGAGCCGUACAGGUUCAGCGAUUCGGCACAGCAAGCCAUGAGGAAGGCCUUUGCCUGGCGGUACGCCCUGCUGCCCUACCUCUACACGCUGUUCCACAGGGCCCACGUCAGGGGCGAGACCGUGGCCCGGCCCCUCUUCCUGGAGUUCCCUGAGGACCCCCACACCUGGACCGUGGACCGCCAGCUCCUGUGGGGGGAGGCCCUGCUUGUCACCCCAGUGCUGGAGUCUGGGAAGACAGAGGUGACUGGCUACUUUCCCACAGGCACAUGGUACGACCUGCAGACGGUGCCAGUCGAGGCCCUGGGCAGCCUCCCACCCCCACCUCCUACACCCUUCAAGCCAGCCAUCCACAGCGAGGGACAAUGGGUGACACUCCCGGCCCCACUGGACACCAUCAACCUUCAUUUGCGGGCUGGGUACAUCCUCCCCCUGCAGGGCCCUGGCCUCACUACCACCGAGUCUCGCAAACAGCCCCUGGGUCUGGUGGUGGCUCUGAGCAUGAGCGGGGAGGCCCGAGGAGAGCUGUUCUGGGAUGACGGGGAGAGCAUGGACGUGCUGGAGCACGGGGCCUACACCCUGGUCCUCUUCCGGGCCCAGAAUAACACCGUUGUGAACGAGCUGGUGCACAUAGCCAGUGAAGGGGCCAGCUUGCCGCUGAGGAAGGUGAUGGUCCUGGGUGUGGCCACGGCCCCACAGCAGGUCCUCUCCAACGGUGUUCCAGUCUCCAACUUCACCUACAGCCCCGACACGCAGAUCCUGGGCGUCCCCGUCUCGCUCUUGGUGGGAGAACAAUUUCUCAUCAGCUGGUCCUAA